GCCCCAGCCGAGCCGCGGGCAGGCGCUCCGUGCCGGUUCGUGCCCGGUGGCUCCCCGCAAGCGGCGGGAGCGCAGCGCUGCCCUGGCUCGCCAGCCGGGCCUGGCCGCCGCCGGCACAGGACUGCAGCCUGGGACCCUUCUCUCCUUCCCUCCAUCCCCACCUGCACGACCGCAGCCUGGGACCCCAGCACCCCCUCCCCAUCCCCGCCGUCAGGAGCGCAGCCUGGGACCUCUGCCGCCAGCGCCCUCCGGACCGCCUCCAGCAAGAGGCCACCGCACCCCAGCUCAAGAUGCAGAGGGGCACUGGUUUCCUGUUCCUGUCUUUAAUCCUUUGUGCCGCCCUGUCAGAGACGUUCGGACUGGUUUUCUCAGCAAAAGAGAAAAGGGGCUGGACUCUGAACAGUGCUGGCUACCUACUUGGACCACAUGCAGUAGAUAACCACAGGUCUUUGAACGAGAAGCAUGGCUUCACUGGGAAACGGGAGGCACAGCCUGAGGAGGAUCUCAAAGCAGGGGCUCCUGGCAGGGCGCUGGCCGAUGAGAACGUCGUGCGCACACUGAUGGAGUUUUUGACUUACCUGCACCUUAAAGAGAUGGGAGCACUUGACAAACUGCCUGCGCCAGAGGAAGCAAACCAGUCCUGAAGCAGAAAGCUUUUUCCUCUCCUGAGUGUGUAGGUUUAGAAUGAACUCUGACCAAAAGACUCCCCAUGAGCUGAAGAUGAGAAGUGUCAUUUGCCUUCCUCUGAUAAAUGCCUUCUGCUCUCUGUCUGUAUUUUUCUGUUGUUGACUUUUGGUUCUUUCUCUCUCCUGUGAUGUUCUAAGUGUACACUUUUGCCUUGGUAAAUUCUUUUUCUUUUUUUCCUGUAGGCAAAUGGAUGAUAAAAUAAAAAUAAAGAGCAACCA